GACUCUGCAGCUCAGAGCGGUGACGACCCGGCAGGUGGAGGUGAUGAAGAUGAAGAGGCUGGUGGUGUUUCUGCUCCUCCUGGCGCUGCUGACCUGCUGCUCAGAUGCAAACCCCGUCAUCAAGGAGAAGUCUGCCAAGCAGCUUCUCCGCAGCAAGAGGCAGGAUCGUCCGCUGAAGGCCGGACACCCCGACGAGCCGAUGAGGGAGCACCUGAUCUACAUGCAGGCUCUGGACCAGAGGGCCCAGGAGACCAACAUGGAGUUCUGGCUGAACCCCCACUGUCCCCCCCGCUGCGACAGGAACUACGGACACCCGGUCUGAGGAGGACCGGAGGUCUCAGGUCCGGUUCUGACCCCAACCCUCAGAAAACGAGCGGGACGGACUGAAGCAGAAACAACAAACCUUCAAAAACAAACAAAC